UUACAUUUGACAUUUGUCUGCUGGUGGGUGAUUGGCGAUUGACUGACGUCACGUCAUCGAGAGUUGGUUUGGUGUUCUCAUUAUUUUUAUUUCGCAAUUUCUGGAAUAUCUUCACAAUUUAAAUGUUUUAAGUUACAAAUUACAAAUAGUGCUCACAAUAAAGAAUAUAACUGAAAUGGAUAAUCAAUAUUAUUACAAGUUAAUGGCAAGUUAUUUGUCUAAACGGAACUGUGACGAGUCGUUCAUGAGAUACUUUUUCGGUAAGAACUCAUUAAAGAAAACACCUGAGGAAUUAGAACGAGCAGAUGAGAGAAAAAGGAGGCUGCAGAGGGAACGGUCGCGACGGUAUCGCGCACUAAAGAACGCGAGGCGACAACACGAGGGUGGCGGCAGCGGCGGCCGCGACAGCGGGGACAGCGACGGUAAUGCACUUCGAACUAAGUCUAGGACCCUAGUGCUCGAGGAAGAGUUCAGCGACGGGGAUGAACCGCCGACACUGUGUGAUCUCAACUACGAGGAAAAAUGGAUCGGCGGCGGUGCUUCGGAUUGUGCUUCCGACGACAACUCGGCGCACUCCGCCGCCGAACUGAAAGAGGCGCCGCUGUCCGGUGACGUGUCCCUCAGCCUGAAGGAGUUCUUGAGCUCUCCUAAUGCAGAGCUGGACUACCCCACUGUGCACAGCCUUAUGUUCCACUGGCUGCAAACGUAACAGCACCCGGCUAUGUACCUACCAUGUUACAGGUUUCAUGUAGGAUUGGCUCAUAUCAUAUUAGAACUCAAAAUUAUAAAUUUUGUAAUAUUCUAAUGCAAAUUGAUUUGUUGUGUAAAAUUGAAAAUUAAUUUGGACACAAAAUUAAAAGAAUUGAUGUGGUAGUUACACAUAUCAUUAUAAUAUCAUCACAAAUAUGUUACGACCAACACACAUCACAUUUAUAAACCGUCCUGCUAUAAUUUUAAUCUGACUAAUUAGAGAGUAAUUUUUACAUAAUUUAGUUUUAUCCUAAUAGAUUGGUAGUGCGGUUUGAAGUUGUCAUCAAUGUUAACUGAUAGAAUUGCUUCAAACAUUAUUAUACUGAUUAUGUGGUUAAGACAAUAUUGUUUUACAAAUAAAUUGAAACAUUUUCAUAAAGAUUUAUGUAUAGCGAAUUUUUCAGCACUUGUUAGGUUGGUCUUGUACAGUCAUAUGGCUAGAAUACCUUUCUGAAUUCAUAUUAUUCGUUUAGAAAAAACUAUUGUAUAUGAUUUAAAAUUAUUCCAUCUAUAUCUGUCUCUUGCAUAAUCACAACAAAUAUUAGAAAUUCUAAAUUUGAAAAUUCAAAAAUGUAAAUUCAGACAUGCAUUCUAAAUGUAUAAGGCCAGCUUUAAAAUUGUUCGCUGUAUAACAGUAGCUCUUUAACUUGUCUUCUAUGUCUAAGACAAAUAGCUGCCUGGUUAAUUCUGGUAGCUUUUUCAUCACUGACAUAUGACUUCUCAAUAAGAAUGAUGGUUGCAUAGAAUAAUAGUACCUACAGAUGACAUUAUUUGGUGUAUUUAUUAAUUGGCAGGUAAAAGAUCAGUCAGCUUUAUACAGAUGGAUCUUGUUUCAAAUUGUGUCAUUUGUAGAAGUUUUAAGGUUCAAGAAUGCCUGAAUGCUAGGCUCCACUAGUUAGUAGAUUAUUCCACUAGACAAUAAGUUGUUAUUAAGUUGCCAUAUCCUAAUAUUUAGAUACUCAACUAUUAUACAUAAUUAUAUAUGCAUAUAUAGAGAAGUAUAGAGUAUAUAUAUACCUAUAGUUUGUGAUACGAAUGAAUUUACAUUUUGUGUGAGAUCUACAAUAUUAAUUGUAACAUUUAAUAUAAGUCGAACAAUAUACACUUGUAUGUAUACACUUUGGUUGCAAUUAUAUCUAUUUAGCAAACUUCUGUUUGGUAUUUGCAUAUAAAGAUAUUAGAAAAACAUUCCUGUACUAAAUGUUUUAUAAUUAUAUAAUAUGUGAUUUGUAAACAAUUUCAGGUAAACUUAAAAUAUUGCAUUUAUUUUUUAAUACUCUUAUGUAUUUCUAAGCUCUCUUCUAUGUUAAUUGAUAAAUUUGGCAUAAAGUGUAAUAUGAGAUGGUAACAUCAGUUUAAUUUUACUACAAUGAUUUUGACUCACUAUAAGUGCGCCGCGGCAUAAGUAUAUGCCUAUGGUGUAGGCAAAGUUUAUGAGGUUUGCUUUGCACUUACCACUGGUGCUGGUACUGAUAUGGGUUAAGAGUCUUUUCAGACUAAAAAUAUAUAAAAUUUUCUAGUAUUUUUUAUUAUUAUGAUUUCACUUUUCACAUGGAGGACACUAUAAAAUUGAUAUUUAGCUGGCCACUGAAAAAUCGAAUUAUUAAAAAAUUUUAGCAUUUAUUUUUUUUAUUUUGUUGAUGGUUAGCCCAUCAACAAAAUAAAAAAAAUGCUAAAAUGUAUUGGCCAGUAUGCUACAAUUUAGCAUAUUUUGUAAUCAUAUUAAAGAGUUAGAAAACAUUCAUACACAAAAUUGCCAUUUAUAUGUUUAAUUUGUAACAGUACUUUAAUUAUGUACACAGUACAACAUUUAGGCCGCCAUUUUAUUUAAAAGUAUUUUGAAAUUUAUUAUAAUGCUACAUAAGAUUUUAACAUAUGUAUUUAAUAAUAUAAUAAUUAGUUACUUAAGAUUUAUUUUUUUAUUUAGAUACAUUAAGUAAUUCCAAUAUUAAGAAGUGUUUUUGUAACAUAUGAACAAGAAGAAAAAUCCUUCCUAAAAAAUUGAAGUAAAUAAUGUAUAUUAAAAUACAAGCAAUAAGGACAUUAUUAUUUCUCAUUACGUAUAAUUUUUUAUAUACAAGUUAUAGAAAUAUGUUCUAGUAUUAUUUAUAAAUAAUUAUUAAUUUAGCAAGACUGCAUUCGUUGAUCUGAUUUCAAUUUAAACCUUUGAAACGAUAUAGAGCUAAUUUCUACUAUUUUAUAUUUCACAUUUAGUUCAAGUGGCUAAAUGUUCUAGUUAACUAAUUUGGCUGCUUAUGUAUUAUAAGUAAAACUGUGUCCGCUGCAAGCAAAUAAAAGAAUAAUUCACGACUAUAAUCUUUGAUGAGACAAGUAGAGGUUUUUGAGCAUUAUUUCUUUUGCAGCGAGUGUAAUACAUUUUUGUUGUGUUUUUCUUACAAAACGGGCGUGUCGCUUAUGUAGUCCGUAAUGACAGGUUAAUAACAGUAUUUUGUUAUUAGUUUUCAGUGCAGCGGACGCCGUUUUCUAUCAACACUAUGUAAUUCAAUCAUAGAAUAUAAAACAGUGCCUCUAGAUGGUAUAAGUAAGUUGUUAGUUAGUAUCCACAUGUUAUCGCCAGACACGAGCCAUACUAUCCUAAAUUAGUCUAGUUUUAAGUGUACAUUAGGCAGACAGUAAAUUAACCAUUCGAGACAUGGGCAUAGAGUAAUCGAAUGGUUAUAAAUUUGUCUAAGGUGCUUACAGAUGCAUAGUAUGUAAUCAUAAAAUGUAUAUAAAUAAUGUCCAUAUACCUUACGUUCGUAAAUGCCAGAAUUUUUGAUCUAUUAUUAGCGUUUGUUGUGUGUGCACAUUUCUCUGACGUGUAUUGAAAUGGAUAUUUAAUUACAAUUAUUCUUUUUGAGGGACUUCUCACACUUUUUCAGCUCCGUUCGCGUUUCGCUGAACGAUUUUGGUCACACUUAUACAGCUCUGCUUCUAUCAGCCGCGUACGACGUCGUAAGAAUGAGAAAAGCCGUUUUGAAUUUACAAUUUUUAUUUACUAUAAAAUACGUCUGCACUUAUUAAUCCUUGCGUACAUAAUGAUUAUGCAAUAAAUCAAAUCAAUGCAGAAACAAUACAGGUCACAAUUUGUCGACAAGGAGUCGCGAAACCUCCCUGUAAAGAGCCGUUUCGCCGCGUUCGACGGUGAAUACGGCAGAACAGCGCUGAACGCUCUCUAUGGCAUUCGCAUGAUAAAUACACAUUUAUCUCCAUUUUAUACUGAGUUGCCGCGAAAGCAGAAUAGACGCGAAAAGCUGAAUGGAUACGUACACGUCUCCAUACAAAAUCUUUGUUUUCUAUGGACAAAAGCUGAAUAGAGCUGAGUAAGUGUGAGUAGUCCCUAAUUCCGCUACCGUUAGUAUGUGUGCGACUGCCAACACUCUAAUAUUGACUACUAUAAUUAUUACAAGAUUACCUAUAUUAGCCAUCAAUUUUGCUAGCCUGACGAACAGUUAACACUAAGCUCCAAGCAGCAAUUUAUUAAUUUGCCUGAAGAUGCAUCGUUUAGAGGUGAAACACAUGUCACAAAACAUGCGUGGACAAAAUGGUAGUCGAAAAUCGAUGGCUAAUAUGGCGCUGGUGUUACGUUUGAUACAUAUUACGUUGGAGGAAAUGCAUUUGUGGUGUGGAGUUUAUAAUAUACUCUUAAUAGACAUAUAAUUGAUCUGUUAUAUAUUGAUUUAAAUAGUUGACGCAACGCAAGUGCAUGUACUUUGUCUUUGAAAUUUUUAACCUUAAAUUAGACUUAAUUUGAUACCUGCUUUUUAAGUGCUGGCUACUAGUAUCUAUUUUUGUUGCCUGCAAAAAAUUGGCAUUUUUUUUUCAAACUAAUUAACAAUAGAUGCUCUAUUGGAGGCGGUAGACUGAUUCUUUUAUUGGCAUAUGUAAAACUAAGGUUAUUUUAGUUUCCUUUUUCGUUAUAGAAGCAUUACAUAAAGAUACGUAAUGUAUUCUUAUAAUGUAAUGUAAUGCUAUUAUAUGUCGAAUAUAAUUAUUUAUCGAGAAAAAUCUUAAAGGGGGAAAAAUUUAUAUACAAGAGAGCAAACACAACAUUUGAAAGCAUUAAAAUUAAAACUUGGUUUAGAUAGUCACAUUUGUCAUAAAAUCUGUAAUCGUCUAGAGUCUGUAUAUUUGUUCUUUAUUCAAAUAAUAUACUUAUUACACUGUUGUAAAAUGGCCGGCAUUUGUUCAUAAUCAACGUACAGAUUAUUAGAUUUUAUCUGCAGAUAUUUGGCCGUAAACAUAUAGUAUUAGUAUUAACAGUCAUACGAUCAUGCACGAACGUGUACGUGAAAAUUAAUACAUAAAUAUUUUAUUUAGAACUCCAACCUGAAGUUAUCUAUUAAAUCCGGCCCGUAUCUACAGAUAGACGAUAAAAUAAUUUUUAUCUGCACAUAAUUGUUUUUUAAUUGUAUUGUAUUCAUACAAUUUUUUUUUUAUUUUUUGUUAUAAAAAAGUAUGCUUGCUGACUAUUAACGAUUAAGCACCUGCCGCAGUUGUAAGUUUUUUUUUUUUGUAUUUUUUUCUCCGGAACAUUAUUUGAAGAUUCGAAACAUCUUAGGGCUAUAAUAUACAUAUUUGUUUUAAUAAUAGCAAUAGAUCUGGCAGCUCGUUAUAUAUGUAUUAAUUUUAAAGUUCAAGACAUUAUAGUGUUAGCAAGAAGAAGUGCAUUUGGAAACCGGAAAAAUAAAAAAAAGUUCGAAUACAGGACAUUGUGGUCUGCGCACAUGAUACCUAUUUUUUUUUUUUUAUAUAAAACCAAACCCUUGUAAUAGCGCAAUCACCGCAACAGUGUGUAUGACCUCUUUGUUACAGUACUUCUCAAUUCACGCGUUACUAACAGAACAUUAAAAUCUUGACUUAUAUUUAACUACCAUGUAUCAUCCUUAAAAUGGGAACAACAUGCCAGAUUCAAUACUGAAAAGAAUGUAGUUGUCUUUGCCUUUUACUUUAUAUACAAUCUUAUAGGUAAGUAAAUUAUAAUAAAGUAUUGGGGAAAGAAAUAAAUCGAGUUCUCCAACAAAAUCAAGUUUUUGUUAAUUUUAUAUUUAAAUAUUAAAUGUUAAGUCUUCAUAAUGCACUUCUGCUUGUGCCAGCGAUGCCUUCAACGAAUGUAGUGUAUAAAUUAACGCUUAGUUAGGUACUGUAAGGUAGUGCCAUAUUAAAGAGCUUCCUGAAUAUUUUUAA